CACCUGAACGCGACGCUGGGCGCUGUGGUUCAGCGAUUUAAGGGUUACAGUGGUGGCACCGCCCCCGGAAUAGGCUGCCGUGGCGGAAGCGGGGCGGGGUUCGGUCUUUUCGGUGCUGCCGGCCGGGCAAGAUGACGAAGGGAACAUCGUCAUUUGGUAAGCGGCGAAAUAAGACGCACACCUUGUGUCGUCGAUGUGGGUCCAAGGCGUACCAUCUGCAAAAAUCAACUUGUGGGAAAUGUGGUUACCCUGCCAAGCGUAAGAGAAAGUAUAACUGGAGUGCAAAGGCUAAAAGACGAAACACCACUGGUACAGGCCGCAUGAGGCACCUGAAAAAGGUCUACCGUCGAUUCAGGAAUGGAUUCCGUGAGGGAACCACACCGAAGCCCAAGAGAGCAGCUGUUGCAGCCUCCAGUUCAUCAUAAAGACUCAUGUAUUUGUUAAAAUAAAUGAUCUUAGCCAGAAAA